AUGCUGGCCAUCGGCCUCGUGCUCAUUUGUGUCUCCACGAGCACGUAACACAAUCAUCCUUCGCCCUUUCCCUUCCCAGUCUUUCCGUUUUCAGAGCCGACGACGAUUCCGAUUUCACCAAGACCACGUAUACGGUGCUUCUGAUCAUGGGAAGUGUGAUGACGGCAAUCGGAGGCGCUGGAUACGCGUACACAAUCUACGAAGUCAUCCUUCGGGCCCGUCGGAAAUUCCGAGAGAAGAAGCUGCGGAAGCUGGAGCAGCAGGUGGUCAGACGACGGACGGAGACGAUGGCGAGAACGAGGACGAUCGCGCUGACGAUCGAGAGGGAAAGGGCUCUUUCGGUGACACGAGGAGGGCCCGUUUGA